CCUUGUGGCCGCCGCCGGGCGGGGCCAGGGCCAGGCGGCGCUGCUCCUCACCGCGCGGGGAGGAGGACGCUGGCGAUGGCGGCGGCGAUGAUGGGGAGGGGGCUGUAACUUCAUCUGUGGCUUCUCCUCGGGCUGCGCCUGGGCGAGGACCUCCCGCCAGCAAGGCGGGGAGGCUGCCGCCCCCGAGCAGCUCGGCCCGCGCCGCGCCCCGCCCGGGAGGUGCCGUCUGCCGUCCAGGGAAGCCCCCGCCGGUCUCUGUGUCCCUUCUGUCGCUCCGGGUAAAGAAGAAUGUCCUUGUUUAAAGCUAGAGACUGGUGGUCCACUGUACUUGGAGAAAAUGAAGAAUUUGACCAGGGCUGCCUGUGUGUGGCUGAUGUUGAUAAUAGUGGCAGUGGACAAGAUAAAAUUAUUGUGGGCAGUUACAUGGGAUACCUCCGAAUCUUCAGUCCACAUCCUGUGAAACCUGGAGAUGGAGCCCAAGUUGAAGACUUGCUCUUGGAGGUGCAGUUGAAAGAACCGAUAUUGCAGGUGGAAGUGGGAAAGUUUGUUUCGGGUACUGAAGGACUUCACCUGGCUGUGCUGCAUUGCCGAAAACUCUGUGUGUAUGCUGUCUCAGGAACUCUGGGGAAUGUGGAACAUGGGAACCAGUACCAGAUUAAGCUGAUGUAUGAACACAAUCUUCAGCGAACUGCCUGUAAUAUGACUUAUGGUCCCUUUGGUGGUGUCAAAGGGCGAGAUCUGAUCUGCAUACAGUCCAUGGAUGGGAUGCUGAUGCUGUUUGAACAGGAGAGCUAUGCUUUUGGCCGUUUUUUACCUGGUUUUCUCCUGCCUGGACCCUUGACUUACAGCUCUCGGACAGAUUCUUUCAUUACGGUGUCUUCUUGUCAACAGGUUGAGAGUUACAAAUACCAAGUGCUGGCAUUUGCGACAGAUGCUGAUGAAAGACAAGAAACAGAACAGCAGAAACUUAGUUCUGGGAAAAGGCUUGCGGUGGACUGGGUUUUAAACAUCGGAGAGCAAGCUCUGGAUAUUUGUGUUGUCUCCUUCAAUCAGGCAGUUUCCUCUGUUUUUGUCCUCGGUGAGAGAAACUUCUUUUGCCUUAAGGACAAUGGGCAAAUUAGGUUCAUGAAGAAGCUUGAUUACAGUCCAAGUUGCUUCAUUCCCUACUGUUCAGUGAAAGAAGGAACAAUAAACACUCUGAUUGGAAACCACAGUAAAAUCUUGAAUGUUUACCAGGAUGUUACGCUGAAAUGGGCCACUCAGCUUCCCCACGUUCCUGUGUCAGUGAAAGUAGCAAGUUUGCAAGACCUGAAGGGUGUUAUAGUCACCCUGAGUGAUGAUGGGCAUCUUCAGUGUUCCUACCUUGGAACUGAUCCUUCGAUCUUCCAGGCUCCAAAGGUUGAUUCUAGGGAGAUAAACUAUGAAGAAUAUGAUGCUGAAAUGAAGGAGCUUCAGAAAAUCAUCAAGGAAGCCACAACAGCACAAGAUAUUUUGCCCCAGUCUGAAAAACACAGAGAUGUAAUUGUCACAGCAGAAGUUUCACCUGAGUUGGAUGCAGAAUCACAGGCCAUCGACAGUGAGGUGAAAGCAGAGGCAGUACCAUCAGUCACAGUAAAGAUAACAAUACAGAGCAGAGUGGCUGCACAGAAACCAAACCUGACAGUGUGUGUACAAGCUCCAUUAGCUGUGACCUGUGACCAGUUCAUCUUGGAUGAUUUAGAACAAGAUUCAUUGGAAACUGUGGUGGUGUCUGUCUUUUUGAAGGGGAAUUGUUCUCCCUCAGAACUAGAAGGAAAUUGUCUGCUCUCAUAUAAUAUACCCACAGAGCUCAAUCCUGAAGGAAGACCAAAAGUUGCACAGUGUGACUUCAAGCUGCCUCUGCGCUUAAUUUGCUCUCCAGCUCAACCUUCCAAAGCAGUGAAACACAAGCUGACCAUUGAUAUCAAUAAACCUCCCAUCAGCUUUCUCACCCUUUUCCCAGACUUUGUUGAUCCAUCUGAUGAUGACCAGGCAAAUGUUCUGGGAUUUCAGUUUUUAGCUGGUUCAAAAACCACUCUUCUUGCUUCAAAAACAUCACAGCGAUACAGAAUCCAGAGUGAUCACUUAGAAGACCUUUGGCUGAUAACAAAAGAGCUCACACAUCGUCUGGAAGAACAUUUCAAGAAGCAAAACUGCAAAGACUUUGCCUGUACCUUUUCUGGCUCAAUUCCCCUGCAAGAGUAUUUUGAACUGAUCGAUCAACAUUUUGAGCUCCGGCUGAACGCUGAGAAAUUUCAGGAGCUGCUCUCUGAAAGGGCUGUGCAGUUUCGAGCCAUCGAGCGGCGACUGCUGACACGCUUCAAAGACAAAACUCCUGCUCCUCUUCAGCAUCUGGAUACCUUGCUGGAAGGGACAUUCAGAGAGGUAAUAGCUCUAGCAGAUGCAGCAGAAGCAAACCAAGCCAACGUGUUCCAGGCAUUCACAAAGUUGAAAAGUGCCACCCAUCUGGUGAUUAUGCUGCUUAGCCUCUGGCAGAAGCUCAGCACCGACCAAGUCGCUAUUCUGGAAGCUACGUUCUUGCCAUUAGCAGAAGACUCACAAGAGCUGGGCUGGGAAGAGACUGUGGAUGCUGCCAUUUCUUACUUGUUAAGAACCUGUUUGUCUAAGAGUUCUAAGGAGCAGGCUCUGACAGUCAGCAGCCAGUUGUGCAUGCCCAAAGACACGAGCAGACUGAAGAAAAACAUCACCCUCUUCUGUGAUAGAUUGGCCAAAGGUGGUCGCCUCUCCUUGGGUACAGACUCAGCCACUCAGCAGGCUGCUGUCGUGCCAGGUGGCUGUGUUCCGAUCCCUGAGUCUGAGCUGGAGGAGAGGACGGUUGUACCUGGCUCCACAGCAGCGGGUCCCACUCACAGGCAGAUGGCAAAGCAGAAAUCCAAGCCUGGUUUGUCUGGAGAUGCAGCAGAGGAAGCAGAAAAGCCAUGAAAUCCCAAGACAACCCUCAGAAGGAAUUUCUCUGAUGUCAAAUGCAUUUGUAGUGCAGCAGUACUGAUCCCAUUGUGCUCUGUACCGAUUGCAGCUUCCAGAAGGAGAGGACUGUGCUAAUUUAAUACCAAAACCAACCAAAGAAAAAGUUCAAUUCUCCUCAUUCUGGUUGGGUCUCCAACUACUAGAAUCCUUUCUUUGAGCAAAGUUUAAGCACUCACCCAAGUGUGGUAAGGGUGUUGUGUUAUGUUUUGCAAUACAUCAGCCCUUCCUAAGGAUUCAGUUGAUUGAUCAAAGACUGUUUACAUGUAGUUAAAAGACAACCUUUGUUUCAGGAUAUGUUUUAUCUUAAAAAAAAAAGAAGAAAAGAAAAGAAAAAAGAGAGAUUCUGAACUGUACCUCCCUUGGAGAUUAUAUUCACAUUUGUUAUAUCACAGUUUUGACACGAGAUAACUAUCUCGUUUCCUCCUGUACUAACAGUCAUGAUUCCAGACAGCUGAAUUCACCACCAGAAGAAAAAAACCCCUGGUGAUCCAUCAAACUUUCUUUCCCCCCACCCACCCCCCUCCUCCCUUCUCACUGCUUAUACAGACUUCUGCUCUCUAGAGAUAGAAAGUAAAAUAUGGUUACUGGAUCUAAAGGGCAAACCCUUUUGCCAUUAACUAUGUCACUAUGAAUGUGAAUAAAGUUUACAGUGUCAGUAGCUUGGGCACAGCACAGCACAUGGA